CGUGACGUUAACUGCGGAACUGCAAGUUCGUGGCACUCCGAAACCAAGGAAUAGAACGAGACGCGAGAUACGAAUUCGUAGGAUGGCCGUUCGACACAAAAGAGAGGAGGCGAGUGCCGACGUGGUGCUAACACGUAGGUAAUUUAAUCCAACGUUUUUACACCAUGGCUAGCAAAAAGAUCAUCUGUUUGUUCGAUGUUGAUGGAACGCUGACUACUCCGCGUCAGGUUGUUGAACCAGAUAUGGAAAAGUUUUUGCUGCAAACAGUGAGGAAAGAGUUUGAUAUUGGCCUUGUUGGUGGUUCUGAUCUGGUGAAAAUUUCAGAGCAGAUGGGAGGAAGUGACCUCUUGAAUAAUUUCAAAUAUGUGUUUGCUGAGAAUGGGCUGAUUGCCUACCGUGAUGGAAAGCAGAUCGCUACUGAGACAAUCUUAGAUGUGCUUGGGGAAGAUCAAUUACAGGAGUUAUUAAAUUUCUGUCUACGAUAUAUUGCAGACCUCAAAAUACCAGUCAAACGUGGUACUUUCAUAGAGUUUCGGUCUGGCUUGAUAAACGUCUCACCUAUAGGCCGGAACUGCAGCAGAGAUGAGCGCAACGCGUUCAAUGAAUAUGAUAAAGAAAAUCUAAUUCGACCGAAAUUUGUUCAAGCUUUGAAAAAAGAGUUUGCUCACUUGCCGCUGACCUUUAGUAUAGGUGGCCAGAUAUCUAUAGAUAUUUUUCCAAAUGGUUGGGAUAAGACUUACUGUUUGAAGUACAUUGAGGGAUAUGAGGAGAUUCAUUUCUUCGGCGACAAAACUGAAGCAGGUGGCAACGACCAUGAAAUUUAUGAGAGUGAUCUUACAAUUGGUCAUCGAGUCACCAGUCCUGAUGACACCGUCAGGCAGGUUAAGAUCUUGAUGGCUCUUGCGAAGGAAAAACAGUCCAAGGGGCAGCUUCCUGUUCCAAUGCAAUGUGUUUAACGAAUUUCAGUCUGAGUGUAAUUUUAAAUUCCUAGUGGAAGUUGAUUUGAACGAUAUUUGAAUAUUUCCAGGGCGUAAUCGUAAUGUUUGAAAAUAUGUACGUAUGUAAAUAUAAUGUGAUGUAAUUUAAUCAUUUUAAAAUAGAUAUAAUAAUGUAUAACUUUGUUUUGAUUCAAAUCGACCCCAUUAUGCAGUUAUGAAGUUUGUAAAAUAUUUAUAUAUAUAAUGUACAAAAACU